UAUGGUUGAGUGAGGGCUCUGGGGUUAGUUCCUGUUAGGCCCGGGCCGGGGGAGUAGGUGGAAGUCUCCUAAGAUGCCCGGUGGGCUAGGGCACUGGGAAGCCUGAAGGGAGCGCGAGGACGCCGCGAGGGGAGCCCCACGGCAGGCCUGAAGAAGAGCGGCGACCGAGCCCGCCUUCCCUGCACCAUGCUCAUAGAGGAUGUGGAUGCCCUCAAGUCCUGGCUGGCCAAGUUACUGGAGCCGAUAUGUGAUGCAGACCCUUCAGCUUUAGCUAACUAUGUUGUAGCCCUGGUCAAGAAGGACAAACCUGAGAAAGAAUUGAAAGCUUUUUGUGCUGAUCAGCUUGAUGUCUUUUUACAAAAAGAAACUUCAGGUUUUGUGGAUAAACUAUUUGAAAGUCUCUAUACUAAGAAUUACCUUCCACCUUUGGAACCAGUUAAGCCUGAUCCAAAACCACUAGUCCAAGAAAAAGAAGACAUUAAAGAAGAGGUAUUUCAGGAGCCAGCAGAAGAAGAAAGAGAUGGCAGAAAAAAGAAAUACCCUAGUCCUCAGAAGACUCGUUCAGAAUCUAGUGAACGAAGGACACGUGAGAAGAAGAGAGAAGAUGGCAAGUGGCGAGACUAUGACCGGUACUAUGAGCGGAACGAGCUGUACCGUGAGAAAUAUGACUGGAGAAGAGGCAGGAGUAAGAGCCGCAGUAAAAGCCGAGGCCUCAGUCGAAGUAGAAGCCGAAGUAGGGGGCGCAGCAAAGACCGGGAUCCCAACAGGAAUGUUGAGCACAGGGAAAGAUCAAAAUUUAAGAGUGAAAGGAAUGAUUUGGAGAGUUCCUAUGUGCCUGUGUCUGCACCACCUCCAAACUCUUCGGAGCAGUAUUCCUCUGGGGCUCAGUCUAUUCCCAGCACCGUGACUGUGAUUGCACCUGCUCACCAUUCUGAAAACACCACAGAGAGUUGGUCUAAUUAUUAUAACAAUCACAGCUCUUCCAAUUCUUUUGGUCGAAACCCACCACCAAAGCGGCGAUGCAGAGAUUAUGAUGAAAGAGGAUUUUGUGUACUUGGUGACCUUUGUCAGUUUGAUCAUGGCAAUGAUCCUCUAGUUGUUGAUGAAGUUGCUCUGCCAAGUAUGAUUCCUUUCCCACCCCCUCCUCCUGGUCUUCCUCCUCCACCACCUCCUGGAAUGUUAAUGCCUCCAAUGCCAGGCCCUGGGCCUGGCCCUGGCCCAGGUCCAGGCCCGGGUCCUGGUCAUAGUAUGAGACUUCCUGUUCCCCAAGGACAUGGUCAACCUCCACCUUCUGUUGUGCUUCCCAUACCAAGACCACCAAUAUCACAGUCAAGCUUGAUAAACAGUCGUGACCAGCCUGGGACAAGUGCAGUGCCCAAUCUUGCACCAGUGGGAGCAAGACUACCUCCUCCUUUACCCCAGAACCUCCUUUAUACAGUAUCAGAACGACAGCCCAUGUACUCUCGUGAACAUGGUGCUGCUGCAUCUGAGCGACUUCAGUUGGGGACACCGCCUCCUCUGUUGGCAGCUCGUUUGGUGCCACCUCGAAACCUCAUGGGAUCCUCCAUUGGGUAUCAUACCUCAGUGUCCAGCCCCACCCCUCUGGUCCCAGAUACGUAUGAACCAGAUGGCUAUAACCCAGAAGCACCUAGUAUUACCAGUUCUGGUAGAUCACAGUACAGACAGUUCUUUUCAAGAACACAGACACAGAGACCCAACCUGAUUGGCCUAACAUCUGGAGAUAUGGAUGCAAAUCCAAGAGCUGCUAAUAUUGUCAUCCAGACCGAACCACCAGUUCCUGUUUCAAUUAAUAGCAACAUAACCAGAGUUGUUCUUGAACCAGAUAGCCGAAAAAGAGCUGUGAGUGGUUUGGAAGGGCCACUCACAAAGAAACCUUGGCUGGGAAAGCAAGGGAAUAAUAAUCAGAGCAAACCAGGAUUCUUGCGAAAGAAUCAGUAUACAAACACCAAAUUAGAAGUCAAGAAAAUCCCUCAGGAAUUGAACAAUAUUACCAAGCUCAAUGAACAUUUUAGCAAAUUUGGAACUAUUGUUAAUAUCCAGGUUGCUUUUAAGGGUGAUCCAGAAGCAGCUCUCAUUCAGUACCUCACCAAUGAGGAAGCCAGGAAAGCCAUCUCUAGCACAGAAGCUGUUCUAAACAACCGAUUCAUCCGAGUCCUGUGGCACAGAGAAAACAAUGAGCAGCCAGCCCUGCAGUCCCCAGCACAGCUGCUUCUGCAGCAGCAGCAGACACUGAGUCACCUCUCACAGCAGCACCAUCAUUUGCCACAGCAUCUCCAUCCUCAGCAGGCACUGGUGGGCCAGGCUCCUGCCUCCUCGGUGCGUGGUGGUAUCCAGAAGAUAAUGAACAAACCACAGACAUCAGGUGCAUAUGUUCUUAACAAAGUUCCUGUCAAACAUCGCCUUGGACAUGCAAGCACUAACCAGAGUGAUGCAUCACACUUGUUGAAUCAGUCUGGUGGUGCUGGGGAGGAUUGCCAGAUAUUUUCACCUCCAGGCCAUCCAAAAGCAACUUAUAGUUCGUCAAACUUAAAGAGCUCUUCUAAAGUCUGUUCAGGAUCUAAAUCUCAUGAUGUCCAAGAGGUUCUUAAGAAAAAACAGGAAGCAAUGAAGCUACAACAAGAUAUGAGGAAAAAGAGGCAAGAAGUAUUAGAAAAACAGAUUGAAUGCCAAAAGAUGCUGAUAUCGAAGCUAGAAAAAAACAAAAACAUGAAACCAGAGGAAAGAGCAAAUAUAAUGAAGACUUUAAAAGAGCUUGGAGAAAAAAUCUCACAAUUAAAAGAUGAGUUAAAAACAUCUUCUACAGUCUCCACACCAUCCAAAGUGAAGACAAAAACAGAGGCUCAGAAAGAGUUACUAGACACUGAACUGGACCUCCACAAGAGGCUAUCCUCAGGAGAAGACACAACAGAGUUACGGAAAAAACUCAGUCAGUUGCAGGUUGAGGCUGCACGAUUAGGUAUUUUACCUGUGGGUCGAGGCAAGACCAUGUCCUGUCAAGGCCGAGGCCGAGGCCGAGGCCGCGGAGGAAGAGGGAGAGGAUCUCUGAAUCACAUGGUGGUUGACCACCGCCCCAAAGCGCUCACUGUGCGAGAGUUCAUAGAGGAGGAAAAAGAUGAAUUACUUCAGCAUUUCUCAGCUGCGAACCAAGGUUCAAAAUUCAAAGACCGUCGGCUACAAAUAUCAUGGCACAAACCCAAGGUACCAUCUAUAUCCACUGAGACAGAAGAAGAAGAAGUCAAGGAGGAGGAACCAGAGACCUCUGAGCUGUUCCUGCACGAUGAUGAUGAUGAAGACGAAGAUGAGUACGAGCCACGCUCCUGGCGGAGAUGAGUCUGGCACCAGCUAUGUGACUGUUAGGAAUGCUGUGUAGAAGAACGACUUUUAAAAUUAUUUAAAGAAGUCAAUGAGCCAAAAAUUUUUUUUAUUUUUCUUUUCAACACAAUAGUUUCAAGGACAGCAAGUUUGCUGUGUAAACACAUCUCAUAAUUAAUUAUACAUGAUAUUAAAGCACCAAAGGCCUAGUGACUUUUUAACAGUUACAAGAUCCAUAGGAGGAAUGACAUGGAUACUUUCUAGAGCCUUAUUUUCCACACCACCUGUUUUUGUUGCUCUUGGUGUUGGAUUAUGAUGUAAAUGACAGGGUGUUUAGAAAUUUUAUUUUAGAUUAUAAUCUGCUGAUAAUUCAUUAAAUGAUAAAGUCACCUGGAAUCUCUUAGCUAUUAUGGACGAGUCAUCAGAUAGUAGGAGGUAUUUGUAAUUAAAAUACCUUUUUGCUUUCAAGAAUUAUCUUGGAAGAAAAGUAAAUUUUAAUUAUUUUUUUUUGUUUUACUCUGGAGGAGCCUAAUUUGUAUUCAAUCUCAGUUUUUUUUUUUUUUUUUCUUCAGGGUUUUUAUGUGUAGUGAAAAAUCACAACAAACUCUAUUCUUAAAUAAGGCAAUGGUAGCUCACUCUGGCAUUUCCAUCCUCUUGUAUUCCUAGACUUUCUUGCCGCUCAGUUUUGCUUUACUACUAAGUCACUAUUUGUUCAGUGAGUCUUAUUUUUUUAAACCUGAGAAUAUAAAAGGCUUUCACCUGUUGCCCCUUUGCCAUCCCUCCUUUUGUUAAUAGGCCUGUAACUUACCUAUUACCAAGAUAAGUAAACAGUUGACCAUCAAAAUUCAGUCUCCAAUAAAGGUUUAAACCAGCAUACUGAUAAGUGUUUUGAUAAGAAUAAAGGAAGGAUUUUGGGGGAGAGAAAGUCACCAGCUUUUUAUUUCUUUCUCUUUUAAACUUCAAUUUUCAGUAAUUCAGAAAAAGAAAGAAAAAGUAUCUGAAUUUCUUUUUCUAAAUUUAAACCAUAAUGAUGAGGUGACUUGGGGGUACAGUAGGGGUGGAGUAGGAGGCUGGGGGAGUUAGAAUAAAUGAGAGUCAUAACUUGACUUUGAUUGGAUGACCCUAUAUUUUCACAAUCUUGUAGCUUGUGGCUAUCCUUGAACACAUGCGUCCUUCAGUAGACAGUUUCCUUUACUGUGUGCAUUUUUACUGUACACUGUAUAGAGUAUCUGUUAAGUAAAAUAUAUAUGUAAAUUUAUGUCCUUGUGCUCUGAAUGUUAGAUGGAAAAGCAGAGGAGCAACACUACAUUGUACUGAUCCCUGGGAAAAUAAAAUGAUUAAUGUACAUAGAAUGUUACUUUUUCAAGGAUACACACAUCUGUGUUUUUAUAUGUGUGUGGCGUGAAAUUUUGAAAUUUCCUAUUGGCUUCAGAAAGUUCUUGGUUACCGCUGUAUCAAGGAUUUUAUUUCCUGAGGUAAUGACUAUUUGUCAGAAUAGAAAUUAUUCAGUAAGAAGCUUAAAACCAUCAGGACUCUAGAUUUACUUAGCUAUAGGAAGUAAAAAUCCCAUAUUCUGAUCAUCUUUUCCCUUCUACAUAUUUUCCUGGAACAAAGUAUCAAAACCAGGGUCAUUUUUGCAUUCAUGUAAUUUUCUCUUCAUAAUAAUAACUUCUUCUUUCUAGGUUAUUAUUACAUUAGUGAAAACACUGAAGUGAAAUAAGCUCACAAGAGAGGGAAACAUUAGAAUGGGGAACCUAGAAUACGUGAUCUUGCUCCUUACUCCUCCGUCAUCUUUAAUGAAAUUUUCUUAAUGUCUGUGGCUCAGUCAGUAUAUAUUUUGAAAGAUUCAUUGUGGUGAAUAUUUUGAGUCCUGACAGUUUAAACAUGAUAGAGGGAACAAAGGAUUUAUAUAUUUUUUGUACAAAGUUUUUUCUUAAAUUGUAUAAUUUUGUAAAUAAUUUGUUUGGUUUUUUUCUUUUGUGUACUAAAACUACCAGCGUAUAGAUUUCAAUAAGAAUUGUUGUAUUUUUGUAUUUGGAAACUGAAAAUUACAGUAAAUUAAUGGAGCUGUAAGAAAAUUUUCAGUAGACUUGACAGUUUGACAGAAUGAGAUUCCUUUUCAUAUGAUUUUUUAACCUCAAAUUUGACAUCUUACUACACUUGCUAUAGGGAGAAUUGAGGUUUCUGUGACGUUUUCAUUAUUGAGGGCAGGAAUGAAAGACAAAGGUGCUAUGGUGAGGAACAGAAAGUUUUCUUUUUUUUACAAUUAUUAAGCUUUGAAGUAUAUUGGGUAAAACUUGGUUUUUAGUAUGCUUUAAAUAGAAAUAAAAUACUUUUAAAAUGUCCUUUGUAAGAAUUCUAAUGUAUGGUUCUCAAAAAUGAAUUAAAAAUAUGGAUUAAUUAUAAAACCUGAAGUUAGUAUGAAAUAGGUAUAUAUUCAUAUCCCCCCACUUUGAGAUUUUUGUUACUCCUCACCCUCAAAUUCCCGAGUGUUGUACUAUCAUUUAUUUUGUUGAUAUCUUCAUUUACAGAAAUGAUAGCAUCAGAGAUGAAUUAUGCUGUUCUUCGUCAUGUGUAAGCUAUCUUUACAGGUAGCUCAUCAGCAAUAACAGCCACUAGUCUGGCUAGGUCACCCUCAUUCACUAGAUUUCUGCCCAAGUCUAAAAAGCUAACCUUAAGGAAUGCAGAAUUUCCCAGAGUUUCUUCAUGAAAGAAAGAUUGUCACCAGCUAAGAUGAUAAAUUGGAAAACAGUCCUGUUAAGGUGGGAAAGGUCCAUGGCAAUGGAUCAUUAUUUUAAAUGAGAAGAAAAAAUCAUGUGAAAAGGAAUAGUGGUUCCUCUUGAUGUAUAGUAUGCCUGUAUUAUAGUUUUUACAAAAUUGUGAACUUGUGUAAUAGUAUAAUAGGAGAUAUUGUUGAAUUUCUAACUGUUUAUACAUUUAAAUUCAUAUAUGUAAUGUUUUAUUGAUUACAAUCUGAAUUUCUAAGAAGCAUGUUGACUUUUGCAAUAAAGAUACAAUAUGGAAUGGUUCACAAUUCGGGGAAAAAAAAGAUGAAAGUAUUACAAAUUUAAAAGAAUUUGGAAAAUUUAUGAACCAUUCCAAAAAUUACAACAAUCACCAAAA